UGCACUCUCUAUUCGGCCCAUGUAAUUCUCAAAAAUGUGAAAAAACAAAACCUACCUCAAAUCAGUGUCACCACGAAUAGGGAAAAUAAAGCUUUAUGAAAAAUUAUUGUUUAUUAGUUACACAUCACUGACUUUUUUGACGUCGUUCAGCCGUUAACGUACACUGUUUGAAAAUUUUUAUUUAAGUCGAACGAAAGACUGAUUCGCGAUUGAAUUUUGCACCCACUUUUUUUGUGUUUUUUCAUUUCAAUGAUGAAGACUUCUAAAAGUAUUGCAUACCGAAAAUGUGGUGUGAAAUACUGCACAAAUAAAAGUUCGGUAGAUUCGAAUGAGCUAAGUUACUUUACGUUACCAAAAGACUCAGAAAGGCGUGCAAUGUGGAUUGAAAAUUGUAUUCCCGAACUUGCUGACAAAAACAUUCAGGUUAAAGAUGUUCGUAUAUGUCAAGAACAUUUAGAAAACAAAAUGUUUUUAAAUGUUCUUACUAAAAACCGGUUAACGGAUAAUGCUAUUCCUACACUCUUUAAUGAUGACAUAUUAGCUAAACGAGCAAAUUGUGACGAGGCGGAUAGUACUGUGGAUUUAUCUACACCUUUAGCUUGUUCAAGCCCAGAUCGUUCAUCGUCAAGUUUGUCUUUCAGCAGUUCAACAUCAUCCACUCAAACCCCAUUGCAGCUUUCAAAUGCAACUCCUAAAAAAUUGGAGUUAAGAAAACAACUACGAUUAGCCAAGGACCAUAUAAGGACAUUAGAGAACAGGCUCUAUCUAUUAGAUCAUUUAGACUCUGUAGAAUCUUUUUUAAAUAACUGUGAAAAAUUUUUAUCUCCAAACUUAAUUUUAAUUAUCAAAUCUCAUUUAAUGCAGAAAGAAAGAAAAAAGGGGGGUUACAGAUAUAACAAUGAAAUGAAACAAUUUGCAUUAACUAUUUAUUUUUGGGUCCAAAGGUUUAUAAUUUUAUUAAAACAACACUUUCUCUGCCAACAAUAA